CGAGCCAUGUGCUUCCCCUUCUCGUCUGCCUCAUUGGUCUGAUGUGGGUCACUGUCCCGCCCCCAGCACCGUUUCCCAUUGGAUAAAUGUAGGUCAGGGUCCCGCCUCUCCAAAAAGCUAGACAACUUCGUGCACUGAACCGCUCACGCGCCCUCCCGAGUCUGGACCGAUCUGGGGGUCCCAUUGGCUGUGGGUCUCCAGGGUGCGGCACUCGAUUGGCCCGUGCUUGCAGCCGGAGGGAGGCACGCGGCCCGGGUGCAAGGCCCCGCGGGCGGGCGGGGCCCGAAAGGAGGGGUGCGCUCUGUGGCGUCUCGUGUUUUGGUUUGGCUUUUUUUUCCGCGAAAGAAGUUUGCUUUGGCCACGCCCCGACGCGGCCGCCUCCUCCUACCCCCUCUCCCGCCCCUUCGCGCACACCUCUUGGUGCGGAUUGCAAAGAGCCUCUGCUGGAGAGAGCUGCAGAUUUUGCAGGAGCCAGGCUCGCCCACCUUGUAGCAGGAGCGCCUAGGGACCCCUUGAACCCUCGUUGCAAAGAGCCGACGGCCUAAUUUGAUCACCCCCGCUCCGUUACCCAGCCUGCAUGGUCUCCGGGGACCUUCCAGAGUUUCACGUUUCUGCGCGGAGGUCGGCAGAUCCCCUAAAAUUUACGGUGUUCUGGAGGAUCCUGGAGGCUUGCAGGAGCCUCUCGCUCACCCCUGGGCAGCCACUCGCCCGAGCCACAGGAGUGCGCCACGGACUGCCAAGCUGGGUUUUUGUUUCUCCAUGAGCCCGUGAGCCUGUGGGCAAGUGCCCGGCAAUGGCGCGGCCCGUGAGCGACAGGCCCCCGGCCCCACUGCUGCUGGGCGGCCCGGCCGGGGGCCCCUCUGGAGGGGGUGCGCUGCUUGGACUGAGGAGCCUUCUGCAGGGGACCAGCAAGCCCAAAGAACCAGCUAGCUGUCUCCUGAAGGAAAAGGAGCGCAAGGCGGCUCCGCCGGCAUCCACGGUCUCCGGGCCGGGCCUGGAGACGGCGGGCCCGGCGGAUGCCCCGGCCGGGGCAGUGGUGGGCGGCGGGUCCCCUCGGGGGCGCCCAGGGGCCGUGCCGGGCCCGGGUCUGUUGGCGCCGCUGCUGUGGGAGCGGACGCUGCCGUUCGGCGACGUGGAGUACGUGGACCUGGACGCCUUCCUGCUGGAGCACGGGCUCCCGCCCAGCCCGCCGCCCCCCGGCGGCCAGUCACCGGCGCCCUCGCCCGUUCGCACGCCCGCACCCUCGCCCGGGCCCGGCUCCUGCAGCUCGGCGUCCCCUCGCUCCUCACCGGGGCACGCCCCGGCCCGGGCUGCCCUCGGGGCCGCCGGUGGCCACCGCGCAGGUCUCACCUCUCGGGACACUCCCAGCCCAGUGGACCCGGACACCGUGGAGGUGCUGAUGACCUUUGAACCCGACCCCACUGAUCUAGCCCUGUCCAGCAUUCCCGGCCAUGAGACCUUUGAUCCUCGGAGACAUCGAUUCUCAGAGGAGGAAUUAAAGCCCCAACCCAUCAUGAAGAAGGCCCGGAAGAUCCAGGUGCCAGAGGAGCAGAAGGACGAGAAGUACUGGAGCCGGCGGUACAAGAAUAAUGAGGCAGCGAAGCGCUCCCGAGAUGCGCGUCGGCUCAAGGAGAACCAGAUAUCCGUGCGGGCGGCCUUCCUGGAGAAGGAGAAUGCCCUGCUGCGGCAAGAGGUGGUGGCCGUGCGCCAGGAGCUGUCACACUACCGCGCGGUGCUGUCGCGCUACCAGGCCCAGCAUGGGGCCCUGUGAGGUGGCCCUGUCCAUCCGUCUGGGGGCCCCAGGGCUGUGGGACAAUGCAGAUCAAAUACAUUUAUAUUUUUAAAGAAAAAGCGAGCCUCCCACCUCCGGCGUGGGGGCGGGGAGGGGCCAUCUGU